ACGUACACCGAAAACGCCUGACGCAAACGGAAGAACGCGUUGCAGAGUGACGAGUUCGUGAUGGCGACCGGAGCAGACCAAGCUGUGGGUUUGGGUCUCGUUGGCUUCAGUCUAUUAUUGUUCACAUAUUACACCCUAUGGGUUAUAGUGCUGCCAUUCGUAGACAGUGAUCAUGUGAUCCACAGUUACUUUCUUCCUCGUGAGUACUCGGUCAUACUUCCAGGAGUAGCAGCACUGAUUCUUUUACUCUGUGUCGGCACCUUCAUAGGAGUAGUAACGUGGAAGAAUCGUAAACCAAAGAAAGUGGACUGAGGUUGUCCAGUGAUGAAAUCUCUCAGCUGCCCAAGACUGGACAUUAAAUUUAAACCCAGCUCUUCUCUGAAGCUUGCUGAUCGUUCCUAUAGACUCCUCCCAGCAGGCUGUGCAGCAGUAUGUAAGAGGCUGAUGAAAUCACCAGUGAUUUGUAAGAGGGCCCUGGCAACACUGCAUCUCUAUAAACAACAGGACACCAUACCCUAGCAUUGAAAACCCAGUGACCACAGCAACCUCAGCCACAGGACAGACCAUGUAACGAUUAGUUUAUAUGCGGAAUAUUCGACCUACUUAAAAGGAAUUCAAAUAACCAAUCAAUGGAAUUCCGUUCCUGGAAGCAUCUACUGUUACGUUAUGGUUUAGUCUGUCAGAACAACUAUUAUUAAAUUUGGUCACUGUUCAGUACAUUGCUGUUGCUAUGCAAUUGUGCUCCUGCGUUUGUCUUAGGUUGCAAAUAAAUAUUGUAGAAAUGUAUGCUAGUAAACAGUAAUGCAGCGAUACAUGCUAAAAUUUUUUGUUGUUGUUUUCAACAGUAAGGGGUGUGAAAUAUACCUAAGGUGACAAACUGUCAGUUGUUUGUUUUCUGUUUUUUUUUUUAACUUGCAGUAAAUAUUUCUAACAUUCAUUAAACUUAUGUAUUUCUUUUGUCCUGCCAGUUAAUGUACUAAAGAUUAAUGAUCUAAAGGGAAAUAAAGGGAAUUUCCCAUUUCUGUUUA